GCAGCAGGAUGCCGGCAGAGAGCGGAGAGCAGCGGGGCACUGAGCUGUCUGACCGGGAGCUGCUGACCUCGGGGCUCCGGGGCUGAUCGUCUCAUCAUGGACAUGGAAAACUCUCUCCUGCUUCCUCUCCUCCCCUCUCCUCUCUGAUGAACCUGCGGCUGUCUGGAGGAGUUUGAAAAGUUUGGAGAGUAUCGCUGCAGAGCGUCAGAGCGCACGCGUGGAUCAGACGCACAGAGGAGCACGCAACCGUUUGUUUGAGGAGGAUUACCUGUGAAUGCUGAACCUGUCUCACCUGGAGCUCACAGAUCAAGCAUCGAUAUGGUUUUUGGUCCGUGUUGCCCAGCCCUACUUUGAGGACAUGGAGAACUCGUGUUAUUUCCUGGCUGUGGUUCUGCUCACCGUGCUCUCGGUGGGCUUCAGGAUCGAGGAGGGAAUGUGCCAGCACUACUUUCUUCUGCGCCCCAUCCCCAGCGACACUCUGCCCAUAGUGGACCUAAAGGAGGACCCGGACCCCGUGUUGGACCCCCGGGAGAAGGACCUGAACGAGACGGAGCUGAGGAGCAGCCUGGGCAGCCACUUUGACCCGCUCUUCAUGUCAGUGUCCCCGCCGGAGAAACCCACGGGGAGCGAGGAGCUGAGCGACGCCGAGCUGCGGCUCAAGCUCUCCGGGGCCAUGCCCAAAGAGAUCCGGGCCCUGGAGUUCGAAGUCCAACACGGCAAGAAGCAGAAACCGAGUAAGAAACUGCGGAGGAGGCUGCAGCUGUGGCUGUGGUCGUACGCGCUGUGCCCGGUUGUUUACGCAUGGAACGACCUGGGCAGCCGCUUCUGGCCGCGCUACGUGAAGGUGGGGAGCUGCUACAAUAAGCGGUCUUGUUCGCUCCCUGAAGGGAUGGUCUGCAAACCUGCCAAAUCGACUCAUUUUACGAUCCUGCGAUGGCGCUGCCUGCAGAAAAAGGGGGGUCUGAAGUGUGACUGGAUACAUGUCCAGUACCCCAUUAUAUCUGAGUGCAAAUGUUCCUGCCCUAACUGAGAGAGAACGCUGCUGCUGCUGCAACCAAAGGAGCCGUCUACAUCCUGACUAAUGAGGAUUUAAUGCUCCAGCAGCAGAGACUGCACAGACUCUAAGGGACUUUAUACAUGGGACUUGGUUUUUCUGCAACUGAGUGGAGACUCUUUAAAUCAAUGUGCUAAAAAAAGCACUAAAUACCCAUCAAAACAGCUCUAUAAAACCAGUGUCUCCCUGUUUUAGCCCGGCUGCACACUAGAAAAGUCCUAGAAACUCUGCAAACUUUGCCUCUUUAUCAUUAUUACAACACAGAAACACCAACAAUCCUUCCCUUAGGCUGGCAACUCUUGGAAAAGUGGGAGGACCUGGCGAGGAUCUUUGCCGGUUUUCCAAUAGUUUCCAACUAUUCCCUACUAUUUAACAAAACUGAAAAGAAAAGCACCCAACGUCCCCGGCUUCACUAACAGUUUACCUCUGCCUUUGAUGAUGACAUCCUUUAAAACUUUAAAAACAUUCCAAAAAUGUUCAAACCAAAACAGACUUCAUCCCUUUAUCAUUAUUAGAACACAUACACUUUAUGGACAAAAGUAUUUGGACGCCUGAUUAUUUCACCCACAGCAGGGGUGUCAAACUCAGUCACAG